GGGCGGAGCCUGAUUGACAGGUGGGGGCUGAGUCUGGGGCGCUCGUGACCACCCCCAGAGACGGCGGUGACCCCAGUGAGGGGGUAUUUGUGAUCCCCACGGAAUAUCAGUGACUAAUGGCGGUGCUGUCCAAUCUGCUGCAUUCCCACAUCCCGUGAUCCGUGGCCAAGGGUUGCACCACGAUCUUUGAGAUGAGCUGUGCUUGUCCCACGGCACCUGGAGCCCAGCAGCCCCCCAGAGCGAUGGCAGCAGUGUUGGCUCUGCUGGUGCUGGUGGCCUGGCCAGUUCCUGCCACAGCAGUGACGCAGGACUCUCUGCUCAAUGUCUGCAUGGACGCCAAGCACCACAAAACAGAGCCUGGCCCUGAGGGGCAGCUCUAUGGGCAGUGUGUCCUCUGGAAGGACAAUGCCUGCUGCACUGCCAACACCAGUUUGGAAGCCCACCAGGACCAGUCCUACCUGUACAACUUCAACUGGGACCACUGUGGGGUCAUGCCGGAGAAGUGCAAGCGCCACUUCAUCCAGGACACGUGUCUCUACGAGUGCUCCCCUAACCUGGGGCCAUGGAUCGACCAGGCAGACAACAGCUGGCGGAAGGAGCGGAUCCGGGAUGUGCCACUGUGCCGGGAGGACUGUGAUCAGUGGUGGGAGGAUUGCCAGGAUGCUGUCACCUGCAAGGUCAACUGGCACAAGGGCUGGAACUGGACUACAGGCACCAACCACUGUCCCAGGGGUGCCAUGUGCCAGAAGUUCAAGUUUGUGUUCCCCACGGCGGCUGCACUCUGCGAGCAGAUCUGGUCUGGCUCCUACCGCUACACGUCCCACCACCGUGGCAGCGGUCGCUGCAUCCAGAUGUGGUUCGAUCCCACACAGGGGAACCCCAAUGUCGCUGUCGCCCAAUAUUAUGCCCGUGGCGAUGCUCCCCCAAACUCCCCGCUCUCCAUCUUGCUGUCCCUGCUGCCCCUCACGCUCCUGACCCUGCUCUGAGCAGGAGAGGCUGCAGGCAGGAGCAGGCAGUAGAUGGUCACCAGGCUGCCUUGUGCCUUCCCAUGGGAUAUCCUCAAGCUGUGUCCCCUCCAGGCAUGUGGCUCAUGAAUAAACACUCCUGCCCUCUG